GAGUUGUGGGGGUGUGAUGCCACAACCUGCUUAUAAAGGGGCUCGCACGUUGUGGCUCUAAAUCAGUCCAUAUCGCCUCAUUUUGUGGGUCAGACAGCACGUUCGCCCAGUCCUUACACAUGGAGCUCUUUAACGUGGUGAAGAUGCUUCAGCUUGUCGAGACUCCUCUCUACUGGGUCGGUGCAGUCACCACGGCCUCGCUGGCGUUGUGGUUCCUCUACCACAUCAUCUCCGGCUUCAGGAUAUGGGUUCUAGGAAAUGGAGAUUUGCUGUCACCCAAACUGGGUAAAUGGGCAGUUGUAACAGGAGCCACAGAUGGAAUUGGGAAAUCCUAUGCGGAGGAGCUUGCUCAACGAGGAUUCUCCAUAAUGCUCAUCAGUCGAUCACAGGAGAAGCUAGACGAUGUUGCCAAGUCCCUUGAAAGUCUAUAUAAUGUGGAGACGAAGACCCUUGCUGUGGAUUUCGGUCAGAUUGACAUUUACCCCAAGAUUGAUGCUGCACUUACUGGGCUAGAAAUAGGAGUCCUUGUAAACAAUGUUGGCAUUUCCUACUCUUACCCCGAGUUCUUCCUGCACAUCCCUGACCUGAACAAUUUCAUUAACACAAUGAUCAAUGUCAACAUAAUUUCAGUGUGUCAGAUGACUCGUCUGGUUUUGCCCAAAAUGGAAGCUAGAGCAAAAGGUGUCAUUCUUAACAUCUCCUCUGCUAGUGGCAUGUACCCAGUUCCACUGCUCACUGUCUAUUCCUCUACCAAGGCUUUUGUUGACUUCUUUUCCCGUGGACUUCAAGCAGAGUACAAGUGCAAAGGCAUCAUUAUUCAGAGUGUUCUGCCUUUCUUCGUGGCUACCAAAAUGACGAAGAUCAGGAAACCCACCCUGGACAAGCCAACUCCUGAGCGUUAUGUAGCUGCUGAGCUAACUACUGUGGGGCUACAGGACCAGACUAAUGGUUAUUUCCCCCACGCAGUCAUGGGAUGGUUGACCACUGUUUUAGUUCCCAUCAAACUGGUCAUUUACUUUGGCAUGCGCAUGAACAAGGCUCAGCGUGGCGGUUAUCUCAGGAGAAGAAAGCUGCGGUAGCUUGUGGAUGUUUAAAGGGAAAUGACCAAUCGCAUCCAAAUGUCCUUUCCUUCCUUUGGCUUAGCAUGAGUAUGACUGCCUGACCUUUUGUAUCAGUGUUUGAGAAGUUCUGUGCUUUUGUACUGAAUAUCACUCUUUAGACAAGCCUCUUUUUUUUGUUCUUGUAAGAACUGCUGACCACAGAUGUCACACUGACUAAUGUUAAAUGAAGUAGUUCAAACUGGGCUUUUAAAUUGGUGAGUUUCUCUUUUGGCUUGUGUGAUUUUUGGGAAUGGGUGUAACUUGCAACCAGCAGUGUCUAAAGAGUGUUGUGUUGGUACCUAGAGGGCUGUUUUCACUGCUGUUCUAAGCAGACGGUAUUUGAAUGGCGAUUGGGUUCAUAAAUGUGUUUUCCUGUGUAUUGAAGCCACAUGCGCACCUGAUUACUAGCUCACUGAUGCCAGUUCAAUGUAAUCUUUGUUUACAAUAAUGUAUAAAUUUCACUUUCUUUUCCUUCAUUUUUGAAAGAUCAUAUGAAUAGUGACCUUUUUUUUAAACUUUUUUUUUUUUUUUUUUUUUUUUUUUUUUUUUUUUUAGUAUUUAUGAAUGGUGGUGGAUUUUUGGUGUUUUAUACAUGUUUACUAGAUAUCUGCAAUGGUGCUUUUUAUUAUAUUGAGCCAUGAUGGACACACUGUCAAUCUUUCAGAAUGAUGUGCCUUACAAAAAUGUAUGGGGAUUUGCUAACUGUUGAUGGAGAUCUCUACCAGCUGCUAAUAUCUCCAACUUGGCAAUGCACUUACCUUUUUUUUUUUCAUUCUUAGACCUUUUCACCAAAGAGUGAACUAAGCUAGAUGAAUAAUACAUUUUUUUGUGGGUUUUUUGUUGUUUUUUUAUUUUAAUGGGUCUUUCUAUGGCCUAUGUCUCUGACUUUCUGAACUAAAGUUAGUCAAAUUAAAACACUCGUGUUUGACUCUUGCUAGUUGUAUCACAGGGAAAACUUGAAAUAUUACAUUCCAAAAUAGUUAGGCAUGAGUUAUGAUGUGUGCCUUUUGUUCCACCAAAUCAUGAUUGUGUGUUAAACUUACAGCUUGUCUACUUUUGAAUAAAGAUGUGAUUUUACUCUG